AUGGAGCUGUUUAUCUCAUGGCUGCAGUCGCUGGCCACACCCGAGGAGGCACCGAACCUCACAGCGGGUGCUGCCUGCCCCUGCGCCGAGCCCGUCACGAAUUCGAGCACCGCCACCACCACGGAAUACAUAACAGCGAGUGAGGCAGCGCAGCAGGAUGAGGGCAUCGGAGUCUCUGCCUACAUCUUCCUCGGGAUUUGGAUGGUGGUCUUGUACCACAUCGCCCACAUCAUUUGGCUGGAGCGGCAUCGCUUUCAGCAAACACAGGCAGCCCACCAAGCCGGUGACGUGGAGGCAUUGCGAACACUGGCGCCGGUGGCGAGCACCGCGGCGGUUUGGUGGUGCAGUGGGGAUUUGCUCAGCAAGCUUUGUGAUGUAUCUCACGUGAAGGUUCUCCUCGUCCUGUCAGCGACGUUGUUGGUGGUGGGUGGCAUCGGCCAUAGCGCUUUGUCUCAGGCAUCGAUCCAGGAGUCGCUGUGGCGCUCGUGGAUUUGGAUCGCCGACCCCGACGGCGGCGAGUCGGCGCUCCCCGGCGGCCACGCCGUGGGCGUCGUGGUCUCCAUCGGUGGAAUGCUGAUCUUCGCUCUGCUCUUGUCGUUGAUCACUUCGGCCUUCGAAGACUUCCUUUGGCAGAUUCGCCAUGGCUCCAUCCCCGUCGUCGAAGGCGAUCACAUUGUGAUCCUGGGCUAUGAGCGUUCGGCCAUUUGGAUGAUCGAGGAGCUUUGCUGCGCCAUGGAGACCUCCGGCGGAGGGCUCAUCGCCAUUCUCUCCACAGAGGGGAAGGCAGAAGUCGAAAGUUGGAUCCAACAUGCCGACAUCGACCUGCGCAACUCCUCGGUGGUGGUCCGGUCGGGGCUUCCCUACAAUGAAGAGGACUUGACGCGAGUGGCUGUGCAGACCGCGCGGCGGAUCGUGGUGCUCGCGAACCGGAAGAUCUCCCGGGAGGAAGCAGAUGCCCAAACGUUGAAUGUGCUCCUGACCUUGCAGGGCUUGGACUACACAAACUCCAAGGACCACGCGUCUUUGGACUACCACGCGAGUGGCCUCUUCGAGGGUUUGGAGCGUUUCAACGAGGACAUCAGUGCUUGGGAGACCUCACAAGUGCGGGACAUGAGUUCGAUGUUCCGUGGAGCCAAAGCCUUUAAGAUGCCCAUCGGCAGAAACAAAUCCAAUACGAUUGAACAUGCCUAG